UCAAUAAAACAUCCAUAAAUAGUACUGUUUUCAGCAGAUUUUUUGCUAUAUUUCGAUUAGAAAUAUCUAUUUUCAACAAUAUACUUCUAUACCACUUUUAAAUAGCUUUUUUUUUGGUUCAAAAUGGUUCUAGAUUACUCCAAAUGGGAUAAGUUGGAAUUGAGUGACGACAGUGAUAUAGAAGUUCAUCCAAAUGUCGACAAACGCUCUUUUAUCCGAUGGAAACAGCGAGAUAUUCAUGAGAAACGUCAAGCACGCAAAAGAGCAAUCCAGGAUAUCACUGCUACUCGGAAAAUGAACACUGGUUUGGUGGAACAAAUCUCAAGGAUAAUUGAAAGCUUGAAAACAACGACAAAUCAAUCUCCAGACAAUGUCAUUGAUGAUGUUUUAAAUAAAAUUAAGUUGGAAAACAUACCCAACAUAGAAGGUGCUGUAAAAUAUCAUGUGUCUAUUGGAACAUUGAUUGAACAAAUUAAACAAAGCCUCAACACAUUGGAAGGGGAAGAACGCCGUACAAGAUUUAUUCAGGAAUUCGAAAAAAACACUGAAAAACUACAAAAUUUAAUCAUCAAGGCCACUGAAGACCUUGAAAAACUAGAAGAAGAAGGCAAGGAAAAAAUAACAUCCGAAGAUAUACGGAUCGGCUUUGAAAGUUCUUCUAUAACAAAAACACCAGCGAAAAAAGAGAAGAAAAAAAUACAAACAGUCGAGGUCCUCAAUAAACAGGCACUUGAAGAGAAAAACUUGGAGAAAACAUCUUUAUCGGAAAAUAUUACCAAUACCGAAGACGAGACCACCGAACACAUAGAACCCUCUAGUGCUGCAAGAGACUUUUCCAAACUUGACAGCCGUGAUUACCACACCCUUCUCAAAUUUAUCAGUCUUCAUCCGGAAAUCGUCUCUGACGAACAAGAAACCGACGGCCUACUCAUCGAUGCAUUCAAUUAUCAAAUGCAGGGCAACGAAACCCUUGCCAAACAAUGCGUCCACCAAGGCCUUCUUCUCCAAUACUGUCGCCAGCUCGGCAAAGACGGCGUUACUUUGUUUUUCCAGCGUGUCACUUCUGCCAACCACGCUGCACAUAAACUCUUCAACGACGAUGUACACCAAACCUACUCCCGUAUCAAGGUCCGUGCUGCGGAAAUUCUCUUGGAACGUGACACUUCUUCCCCCGUAGAACAGAUUCAGCUCCACGCGGUUGAUCCCAACACCAAAAUCACCAUUUCCAUCCCUCCCCCCUCCUCCGACGACCCCGACACCCAAAUGGCCCGCCAGAUCUUUGAUUCUUUCUCUCCCGACCUUCAAGCCGCUCUCUACAGCGGCCAACUUGACAAUAUCAACAAAGUACUCGCCAGUGUUCCCCUUCAGCAGGCGGAAAACAUCGUCAACGACCUUAAACUUGCCGGUCUCCUCAGUAUUGAAGACGAACUCAUAGACGCUACUCAUGGCUCUCCUCCCCACUUUUCCUUUCCCCCUCAGCCAUCCGAUUCACAGCCCGGCCUUCUGUCUCCUGAUUCUCCUUCUAAAAACUCUCCUAAUUCUUCUCUUUAGACUCUUUUUUAUACAUUUUUUUUCUCCUUCUUUUUUCCCCUCCUUCCCUCCUCCCUCCCUUC